AUUUUGGGCGGCAAAUGUUGGCUGCACUGAUGACGCUAACCUUCGAAAGGCAUUCUGGGUACAAGAUGUACGUCGCCGCCGAGUGAAUUUGUUACGCGUUUAUUGACAAUUAAUAUAAAUAAAAAUACGUUUGGUGAGUUUGGCGAAGGACGAGAAUUCGCGUCCGCCUAAUGUUUUGGACGCCGGCGGACCGUGCUCUUCGCAUUCGCUCCAAGAAUUAAGGUUUUUAUAUGUGGCGUCGUGAGCAGCCAAAAUGUGCGACACUCCGUCUGAAUAUAAGCACGGGGAUAUCGUCUGGGUAAAGCUAGGUAACUGCUGGUGGCCCGGAGAAACCGUCGGCUUUGAACACUUAGAAGAAUCUGUCAAGGAGGAUCUUCAGUCUUCAUCCAGGGCUAAACUGCCAUUUGCAAUUGUAAAAUUCUUUCAAGAGGAUUCAUAUGAGUAUGUGAAAAAGAAUGAUCGAAUAUUUCCAUAUAACUACUCAAAGAAAGAUGAGUUCAUCAAGAAAGGAUUGGAUAUGCAUAGAGCAAAGAAGGGAAAUAUGGAGAAGUUUCCUGAGGAUGUGAUCAUUGCUGAAAAACGUACUGAUGGUAAUGAGAAUAUUUUAGAUGAUGCUAAAUUUGCUGUACAAAAGAAGGAAGUGAAAAUUUCUGAAAUAUUUGGUUCGCCAAAAGUUAAGAAUUCACCCAAACUUGGUCCAGGAGGUCGUCCAAAAGGGACUCCAACGUCCAAUAAGAAGACGCCAGCGCGUUUUGUGACUCAUCCUCGAUUCACCGGCAAACGGAACGAUCAUCGACGGAGUAUUCUGGUGCAACAGAAACGAGAAGAUAUCAAAGGAACGUCGUUCAAGUGUACGUCUUGCAGUUUUACCUGUAGCCGUAUUGAUGCACUUGCGUUGCACACGAAAACACAUCUAAAAGCCGAUCCGCUCUUCAAUGAUAAACGGAAAAAGGUUAAAAAGCGGGGCCCCAGGAAGUCUAAAAUUCCAAAAUCAAAGACAAAUAGCAUUGAUGAAGAUUUGGCUCUGUUGGAGAAGGGUAUAACCCUUUCCGGUGGUGAAAUCAGCGAAGGUGAAGUCCCCGAGAAGAAAAAACGAAGGAAACGGAAACGAGCACAAGCUCCAAUUCCGAAAGAAGAGCUAACUAGUGUAAAGAAACCUGCGCCCGAUAUUACAAACGAUUUAUUAGCAGAAUGGGAUGAUGGCGAUGACGAUGAUGAUGAUGAUAAAAGUUUGGACUUUGAUGACACAAAUAACUCGUCUGUGUUUGACAGUUCAAUUGAAGCUUCACCAAAGCCGGCUAAAGAGAAUAAAGUAUCGAAAGUAAAGACGCCUGCAAAACAGACGCCGAAAGCUAGCAACAAAGACAAAGCUGAUAAUGCAACGACGACACAAAAGGGGGCGAAAACGCCUAAAGAACAGGAAAAUGGCGCGAAAGCUGCUGAAGAAAAGAUGGAACUUGACUUUACUAGUUUAUUAGAAUCAACUAAAGUUCCAGAAGUACCAAGUUUACUCAAAACAGAUGACUUAGGUAUGGGUGUGAAAUCGCCUGAAAUUGCGACCAAAUUAACUAAUCCCAAGAAACGAUUUGUUAAAUCAUUUGAAGACUUUGAAUUGAGUAUGAAGGAAAAGCAACAAGAAUUGGAGAGAGAUGUGUAUGAGAUGGAGAAACAAAUGGAAAAAGAUGAAUCACUUCUAAAAGAUUCGCCUCCAAAAUCUGCUAAGAAGACAAAAAUUGAUAUUGAUGUUUCUGUGGCGAAAGAAGAAACUACUAUCAAGAAAUCCUCAGAAGUGUCAGACCCAAAAGGUGAUAAUGAUAAAAAGCAAACGCUUGAGGAUAAAAAGCACACUCGCCGUAGUACAAGAUUCGAUAAGGAAAAAGAGAAACUUCCAGCGAAAGAAACCGAGCCCGGAAAGAGUGUAGAGGUUGAAAAGAAAAAGGACGUAGUGAUGGAAGAGAAGAAAUCCACUCGAAGGACUUCCGUUCGUGCCGAGAAAGAAAAACCAGAGGCAAAACUCGAACCAGAGAAACACCUCGAAGAGGAGACUGCCGUAAAGGAGGAAGUAGAAGAAAAGAAAUCAACUCGAAGAAGUUCUGUACGCGUGGAGAGCGAAAAAGAAAAGCCUGCCGAGAUCAAACCCGAAAAAGAAAAACUUGCUGAGAUCAAACCAGAAAAAGAAUCGGUUUCAGAAGAUAAGAAAACAACACGUAGAGUUUCAACCCGCGGUGGCGAAAAAGAAAAAAUAGAACACGUUGAGGAGAAGGUUGAGACAAGAAAAUCAGCACGUAGAAGUGAUGUUAAACCUAUUGUGAAAGAAGAAGAGAAAAAGUCAGCGACGAAGAAGGAAGAUGUUAAGACAGAAAGCGAGUCUGAUGAAGCUGAAAAAACCGACAAGCAUACUAAAACUGUUGAAGCUAAAGAUGCUGAUAAAGGAAAGAAAGAUAUCAAACCUGUAAAAAGUGCACAGGUAGAUGAAAAACUAACAAAAGGUGAAGAUGAAAAUGUUCCGAAGUUAGAGGAUGAGAAGCCCUCGAAAAAGGAAGAAGAAAAAUCAUCUAAAAAGGACGAUGACAAAGUUUCUAAGAAAGAGGAUAAGCCCUCGAUUGUUGAAGAACCGAAAUUAUCGGCUGCUAAGAAAGAUCAGGAGAAGUCUGAUAAGUCUGAAAAAUCUGAGAAAAGGGCAAAAUCUCAUGAAAAAUCAAAACCUAAAGAAAAAGUACUCUUUGAAAUUGAUGUGUUCGGUAGUUUACGAGCACAGGAAAAUGAAAAGUACAACAAAAAGGCUGAAGACAGUCCACGGCGAGAAACUAGAGCGAGCAGAUCAAAGUCCCAGAGUGAAUCUUCUCAGGACCGAAAAUCUGAAAGUUCUGCUUCCAAAACUACGCCGAAACGUGGCAAGAAGGACGAUCACCCGGAUGAAGCUCAAGUCAACAAUGGCAAGACUGAUGAGCCUGCUUCACCACUUAUUUCCAAGAUGAAAAAUAAAUUGAUGAAUAAACUUGCAGAACCUAUGGAUGCAGCGUCCAAAUCGCCGAAAACUCGACAAAAAACUCCUGUGCGUUCCACGUCAACUGAUGAUAUCGAACCUAAACCGGAAAGUAAGAAAUCCGAUGAUAGAAAGGGGCUAAAACGUCAACGUGGCCAUUCAUCAUCCAACGAAGAUGUUGAAAUGAGCGAUAAAUCUGACGAUGACAAGAAGAACGAUUUAAAAGGUCAAAAAACAUCUGAAUCUAGAGAGACAAGAAGGGACAGCUUGAGGAAUGCUUCGUCAGAUAGGGAAGAUGAGAAAAGAACCAGAUCGGAAGACAAGAAAGAAAAGAAAGCUGAACACCAUACUCCUAAAACAGAAGAAAAGAAACCUGUCUAUAGUAAAAUGAAUGAAGAAAAGAAGGCGGUCCCAACCAAAGCGGAAAUGAAGUCACCAUCAUUACCAAAAUCUGGGAGUAGAUCAACGGGCGGCCCUAAAACUUAUCUGCGCUCAUCACGAACUGAGAAGACCGAGGUGCCUGUAGUUAAAUCUCCACUUACUUCCCCUACGAAAGCUGAGGUUAAAUCAGUACCUCCAGCUGAAAUAGUUGAGGAGGUCUCGGUUAAAGAGUCAUCUGAAAAGGUUGCAGAAGAUUUAGAAACGAAACACGAAGAGAAAUUGACUGGUGAAGCACUUCUUGAUAAACUAUGUCAAAUGCAAUCGCCUCGAAGAUUGAGUGGUCACGAUUCCGAUUCCGGAACUGGUGAUUGGCUCAAAACAUUAUCACCAUUAAAAAAGAAAAUUGUUCCCUCUGCAGAAUUGCCAUCGAGUCAAGAAUCUAUUAAAGCAAGAGAUAGUUCGCCAGUCAAGGAUUCUUUACCAAUGACAGACGUUAAAUCGCCAGAGUCGCCUAUCAAAGCUCCAACAUCCCCAGCUAAAACUCCAACUUCACCGACGAAAGCUUCAACCUCGUCAACGAAAACUCCAUCUUCACCGGCGAAAGCUCCAACUUCACCCACUAAAGCUCCAGCUUCUCCGAUCAAAACUCCGAAAUCACCUGUAAAGGCUCCGCAAUCUCCGCUUAAAGCACCACUCUCACCUGCGAAACCAAUGUCGCCAGUCAAAACUCCAUCAUCACCUAUCAUGGCACCAUCAUCGCCUAUAAAGACACCCCUAUCUUCGCAGACUAGACAGUCGCCGAUAAAAUCGCCGCCAAUAAUUCUCAACAAGGAUGCAUCCAAAUUUGAUCCAGCCAGCCAACCAAAGAAGACGAUUAAACGAGAUGACGAAUUAGCGAAAGUAGCAACUAUUAAAUCUCCGAAGAGAAUUUCGCUUUUAUCUGAGGAGGUUAGCAUCACUGAGAAAGUCGAGGUAACUUCGAACAAUAAUGAGGAUAAUGAGAGCACCGUUGCAAAUACCGAUGCAGUGGAAACUGCUGCAAGCGAUGAUCCACUCGAUUUAUUAGCAUCUGUGUCCACAUUCAACAAAGAUAUAAUUGAGAAGAAUGUCACAGUUGUGCCUGAGAACAUUCUGGCCGAAGGUCAGGUGGAAAUUGCUAAGAUUAUUGAGGAUGGUACUGAAAAAAUUGCAACUAUUCCAAAUGUCACUGCAUCGCCAGAGAAGGCUGAAGUUGGUAUUAGUGAUGAACUUCCAAUGCAAAAGGAAGAGGAGCCUGUGGUGCAGCCAGUCUCAAAAGAGGCUGAAAUGAAAGCAAGUUCCAAACCCAUCAUUUUGAAUAGCCGAUUGUCAUCUGAUCAGGAAAGUACCUCUAAAUUGCUGGACAUUCUCACUGACAAUAAGAGAGUACCACGUACGCCGGCGUCCAAACCCCAACAAGUGCCCUUACCAAAAAUUGCAACUCCCAAGUUUGAAAUUGAUCCGAAGAAACCAGUUGUUCCGAAGCAGAUGGGAAGAAUAUUUGCAGGCACACAUACGACAGGAAAUAUUUCUCCUUCAACAAGUAAAACCAAACCUACUAUAUUGUCCGACACACUUAUCCGACCAGCGGAUUCAGUUGUAUCUGUUCAGAAGGUUAAACGAAGUUAUGAUGACAUUGAAGAUAUUGACGCGUUUAUUAUCACCAAGCACGCUAAAAAGUCAUCAGAUGAUGAAGUCAAAAAGACGGCAGUAUCGACAAACGUCCUGACAAAAUCCAAGCCCAAAAUUCUCGAACACACUAUUAUUACAGCUGCAGGCCAGGUCUUGCAACCGAUCUCGAAGGUGAAGAAACCAACUAUUAUCCAGCAGCAGACUAUCAAAGGUGGUUCGACUAAAACCGUCGAAGAAAAGGUUUAUGACCUUCUCAACAGUCCCAGAGCAAAGGAAGAAGAUACGUUUGAUAUUGACAACAUGCCAAUUGUGUUGGGCGAUCAAUUUUUGACAAGCGACAACAUUGAAACAAUGCCCGUGGUGGUACCUGAAGCUGGGAAGCAUACUGCUCAACAAGUUAUUAGAAAACCAGUCCAACAACAAAUCAAGCCAAUACCUAAGCAAACUAUGAUUGCGACGGGCAGUAAUUUAAAGACUACACCCACUUCCAAGACUUAUACCAAAAUUGUUAAAGGUCAGAGGGUCUAUCAGAGUACCACCACAACAACUCCGACAAUAUUGAAACAUCAGCCGACCAUAUUGGCAUCUGGUAAGCAGGGCAAGUUUGUCAUUGUUCCAUCGCAGAGCACUGCUGCGCCCGGAACUAAAUAUACGGUUGGUAAGAGGCAAAUAGUUAAGAAGCAACCAGCUAUACUCCAAACUAAAACUGGUCAAAGUACAGCCACAUCAGAACCUAGUGGCAAUAAGAUUAUGAUUGUUACAAACAAUCAAGGCCAGCAACAACGAGUCCUGAUAACUCCUGAACAGCAAAAACUUAUGGGAUACCAAACUCAGGUGAAGAAGACGUUUGUUAAGUCUUCUCCGGCUCAGAUGAAAGAGCGGACGAAAAUAAUUGCACAUUCAACCAGUUCACCAGGUUCAGGGUUGAUUACUGUAAAGAAACCUAAGAUUGAGGCAGGCAAAGUAGCAACGCCACAAAAGAAAUUUUCUUUACAAGGGGCUUUGCCUCCAAUGAAAGGCCCGCCUGGUCAAACACGUACGGUCAUCAUUAAGAAUCAGCAGGGUGAAGUUGUUAAUCGAAUUCAUGGCACAAGCGAUGAGGAUAUUGAGAAGCAAGUCGCUGAACAAUUAGAGGCCAUUAAUCGGGCAGCAAAUAAGACGAAAGGAGGUGCACCGAUUAAGCGUGUAAUCAAAAAAACUGUUGCUACUUCAUCCAUGCCGGACGCCACUAGGACAGUAAUACAACAAAAGGCAUUGAAUUCUAACGCCGCUGUAACCACCCCUGUUUCUCGCAAUGUUGUACCACCUCUUGCACCAAUCACUCAAGUCAAAAAGACUGCCACAGAAGCAAGUCAGCCUAAACAAAUAAUGAGACAACAGAAAGUUGGUGUUUCUGCUGUAGGUGCGCCACGAGUACCUGCAACAGUUGCUUCUGGGGCAAAAUUAGAAGCAACUGGAAAACCAACUGAUAAGAAAGAAGACCGUCCUCCAAAGCAACUCGUUAUUCAAGAUGCCAUGGGUAACGAAACAACAAUCAUGGAAGGCCAAAUUUUGGCCUUGCCUAGUGAAACUGUCGAUGGUCAACCACAGUCUUAUAUGUUGGUUACCCUAGACGAGUCAGGAAGUUUGACUCCUUUGAAUAACGAGGCGCUCAUGUCCUUGGAUCCUAAUCUGAACCUCGGAGGUGAUCUAAGCAACAUGGUAUUACAGAUUGAAGGGUCUGGAGCAAGUACAGAGUCUACAGAUACGACAACUACCACCCAAGCAACAACGACUAAAACGACGGCACAGAAACAACCUGAAAUUCGAAAGACCGUUGAAGCGCCCGCCCAGACCAAAUUGGACAGUGCAGUUCCAGUGGUUGCUCCUCAGGUGCCCACCUUAGAGGAACCGCAAAUUCCACCUGUUACAGAACAAGCACUAGAUCAAGUGGAACAACCUGCAGAUGCAGAGGGGUCUACCGAACAGAUCCACGCAAUCACUUGCAGCAUAAACAAAGGGGACGUUCAACAGAACCUCAUCAUCACUGGUGAUCCUGUUGCGACGCACAAGUUCCUCGAAUCUCUCACCGAAGGCAAUCCCGAGAUAGCAAAUCUUUUAGCCCACGUGGAAGGACAAAACAUUCUCAUCCACACCGACGGCCAACAGAUAUUAAUUAAUUCCGACGUAGAUAAUCAAAUGUUGAUGUCAUUGAAUAGCCAAUUAGGUAUCGAUCCUGCAGAGGAAUCAAGCCAGAUCUUUUCAUCGCAGUCGUCAGUUAAGAAUCAGGAUAUUCUUGCAGCUGCGCUGGCCGAUACUGAUGUAUUCCAACAAGAGCAAACAAUUGCCGCAGCGAAAAUCACGCAAUCACAGUUAAGUCCCGGCUUUCCAAUGGCAGUUAACAACGUGCUGGAAACGUCCACAGUAAAUUCUCCCAUUAUGACACCUUUGGAGGUUCCCACAACAACCGCCAAAAUAAAGGAGAGCGAUGUGCUGAAUCAACAAGUACCUAAAAAUGUCGAUCUGCCGAUUACGAUCACUGAUCCUAAUAUUGCGCAGUCUGUUGCCAAUCAGCAAGUGAACUUAUUGCCAGCUGAUUUGACAGCGAGUAUUGAAUUGCCGUUGACGAUACAGGACGUACCUGCAACGUCCACCGAAAUGAGCAGUCCUAGUUUCUAUUCGCUGCCUUCGCUGGAUGAUGGCGAAAAGUUCACAAGUCCGAUAUCAAUGCCCUUGUUGACUGAGGACCCCGAAGAAGUUCAAACUACUUCAGCGAGCACCAGUCAAAAAGAUGAACUUGAAUCGGUUGCUAUCUCAGAAUCCUCAUCAACGUCUGAAACAACGGGUACGGACACUGAUGCGAAAGUGCAAGAAGGCACUGCCGAAUAUCUGCUAGCGACUGGAGACAUGUGCACGAUGUCCAAUCAAAUGAGUUCGCUGAGUGAACCACCGCCGGAUAUGUUCGACUUUCAUGUAGAGCAGUCGACGCCGUUCUGUAAUUCUGAGGAAAUACCGACGACGGGGGACAUGGACGCGGCCAGUAUUUUGGUGAGUAAAAGUCCGAAGCGGGGCUUAACCGAUGUUUCAGCGACGGAGGACACAUCCGAGGACAUCAAACGUGCGAAAUUGGACUGAGACACUUGAACACUAGCGUCAGCGGACUUCGGCACAAUUUCGUUCGAGUGUUGCCUGUGAGGGACAAAAGACUUGUAAAUAUUUAAAACAAAAGUGUAUAGGGAUUUCUAAUGUUCGACUUAUGACGAUUUACAACAUCGACGCGAUUUUUUAAGCAAACAGUUAGUUAGAGAAUUUGGAGACAUUACCAUAUUUUUCUUUGCAAUGUAAAUAUGGAAAGUACACGCGCCGCAAAUGCUGCAAAUUGUACAGAGGACGGAAGAGAUAGUAAGCGAAUUCAAGCGCUGCAGAUUAGUUAUUAAUCAAAGCAUAUUUUAAAAAGAAACUAAAUCUUAUUAUAUACAUUUAACUUCUAUGAUAAGCUGAAUUCAAGACAGACAUCGAUUUGUUCGAGGUACCAUAAUAAUAUUCUUUACGUGGUAAAUACAUACAAACCUAAUUAACGUUAGCAUAGAGAACACAACUACAUACUUCAAUGUACUUCAAGAUGUUGCUUUCCGAAGCCGAUAUGGGAAGACGGAACGAUAUAAUUAUAAUGAAGAAGGAUGCAUGAUGUUCUCUUAGUUGUCAUGGUUUUAUUUUCAAGUUAAAAAGAAAAUGUGUUGAUUGAAAUGACAGAAGAUAUAUUUAGAUAUUUUACUUAUUUCACGACUAUAUCAUAAAUGUGUAGUUUUAAUACAUACGACAAUUAAAUUGUGUUUUGUGUUGCUUUUCUUUUUCCACUUUAUUAUCGAUUUAAACAAUAAAGAAGAUCAAUUUAUUGUGUAAUGAGCAUACUGGCAGCAUGAAUGCGAAUUGUUUUAUGGUAAAGAAUAAAUUAUGAUCAAAACA